CUUAAAUCAGCUAUAAGGUUUCCCCAUGUUCUAGAACAAAGAUGAUUAAUUUUCAAUCUAAGCAAACCGUGUUUUGUUCGUUUUGCUCACACAUAGAAAAUCGUUUACUCUAUCCUCUGGAGUUCAGCGAAGUACGGUUGGAAAAGAGAUGAGAAGAACUGCCAAAAGCAAUGGUCGGAAGGCGCCAUCAAAAAAUACUACCAAUGUUCGUUCGAAAUUCAGUUCUGCUAUCCCGGGCCCGAAAGAUAAUCAAACUGGAAGCUUCAAGAGCAACAUCCCCAAAGUGUCGUUAGCGCCGGAGACAACGGGCAACAUUCGCCCGAAAACCUGUUCAUCACUUCGCGCUGCAAGUUCGUCCCAUUUGGAUCGUAAACUCAAGCAGGAUAUACAUCCAACUAGGAGAAGCCUCAAUUACUCCCCGAGUCGUUGGUCAACAUCUGCUGAGUCAUCGGUUAAGACCGUGGAAACGGGAAUCCUCACAUAUCCAAACAAAGCCAACCCAAAUGAGAGCCAAGCUGAGCCUGUAUGCAACCCACCAAAUGAAGGUAAUAACACUUCGACGCUCGAAGAGGCGUUGAAACUGAAGAAAAUGUUUGAGGACAUUCUACAAUUUGAGGAGAAGUAUAAUCAGGACCAUGAAAAAAUAUUUACCCAGAACGAAGACAUUAAUGGGUUCAAAAAAUGCAUCCAAGUUUUGCAGGCGAUUUCAGGAACAUAUUCGAAAGAUGCAGCGGAAGUUAUUUCGGAGCUGAAGACCACACUCAUCGAAUUGUGCCCGAGAUUGCUGGUUAAAACUGGAGAGGUUUAUGGGCAGAAUUUAACUAUUGCACAAUUGAAACAUCAGUUGGAGAAAAUUCAAAAGGAUUUGUCGCAAGGUCCUAAGGAGGAUCCGGAUGCUCUUGUCAAGCAAAGAUACCAAGAAGAAAUGGCUCGACUGAUGAAAAGAGCUGGGCAAGAAAUCGACACAAUGAGACGAGAGAUGGCUGAGAAGUAUGACAUCCAAAAAAUGCGAUCGGAUAUUUCAAAUGGAUGUGUCAUCCAAUAGUUUUACGAGACUAAUAGCGAAUUCGUUUUUGUUCAAUUUCAACCCCAGUGCCGCACUAACUGCUGUCAAAACGUUUUUUAUUCACUCAUAGCGAAUUCGGUUUCAAACUGAGUCAGUGCCACACUGACUCUGUAAUAAAAAAAACGUUUUCAGUUUCACGAA